UGUAGAGGGGGCUCUUCGGUCUUACCUAAUCCAAAGCUAAACGUACACAAACAUGGCGAUAUCACAAGCAGGAAGGAUGCAGAUCUCUCUUUGGUGUUCGUUGUAUUUAUUAGUCCUUUGGGUUGCUGGAAUAAAUUCGUCGACUCUUCGUCUUCAUCCGGAGCAGCGUUACAUGCUGCCUCAAAACAGAGGAUUUUACAUUGUAGAUGCAAAUGAGGAUUUCCCACACGGAGAUGGAGGAGGCGCCGCGGCUCCAGCGCUGCGUCUGGCCGAUCGUAGUACCUCUGACGGCGGGUCGGACUCCGGUACCAAUCCGCAGCAUCGAAGCCGCAGGAGCACUGGUGAAUCGGCCGCGCCGAAGGUGUACGGGCAGGCAAACCUGAAUGACUCCCAUAACCAGAUGGUGGUCCACUGGGCUGGAGAGAAGAGCAAUGUCAUUGUAGCCUUGGCCCGAGACAGCGCUGGAGCCACCGGGCCAAGAACCAGCUCUGUCUAUGUGUCCUAUGAUUAUGGGACUACUUUUAUGCUGGUUUCAGACAAGUUUCAGCUUUUGGGAGCGAAGUUUAAGGAUGGCAGCAAGCAGAUCAUCUCCCAAUUCUAUCACAGCCCUGCAGACAACAGGAGGUACCUUUUUGUAGACUUCACCAAUAACUACCUGUGGAAUACCUUUGACUUCUGUAAGAGUGUCCAGGGCUUCUCCCUGCCCUUCAAACCAACAGACCUGCUACUUCACAGCAGAAGAUCCAAUCUGGUGCUGGGUUACGACAGCUCUCACCCAAACAAACAGCUGUGGAAAUCAGACGACUUUGGGGAGACAUGGGUGUUGAUCGAAGAGCAUGUGAAGGCCUACUUUUGGGGUGUGGAACCCUAUGACCCACCCACCACAGUGCUGGUACAGAGACAUGAGCCUCAAGGAGUCUCUACAAUUCUCAGCAGCACCGACUUCUUCCAGAGUGAACAGAAUCGCAGAGUGAUCCUGGAGCAGGUGGACAGCUUCCAACUCCGAGACAAGUACAUGUUCGCCACUACCACACGGAAACUGUUUGGCAGCCAUGAACCUUUAUCCGUUCAGCUAUGGGUUUCCUACAACCGUCAGCCGAUGAAAGCUGCUCAGUUUAUGACCCGCCAUCCAAUCACAGAGUACUACAUAGCAGAUGCAUCCGAGGACCAAGUGUUUGUGUGUGUUAAUCACCAAAACAACAUCACACACCUCUACAUCUCAGACACCCAGGGCCUGUCCUUCUCUCUGUCGCUGGAAAAUGUGCUAUAUUACAGUCCUGAGGGCUCUGGCAGCAACACACUCAUCAGGUACUUUGCCAAUGAGCCUUUUGCAGACCUGCACCGUGUGGAGGGGCUGCGAGGCGUUUUCAUUGCCACACUCAUCAACGGCUCAGUCAGUGAGGACAAUAUGCGAUCAGUCAUCACUUUUGACAAGGGAGGGACAUGGGAGCUGCUUCAGCCACCUGCUGCUGACAGCCUUGGAGGAACUGUGGACUGCCAGCUCAGUAAAGGUUGCUCUCUUCACCUGGCUCAGCGCUGGAGCCAGCUGUUCAACAUCCAGCUGAGGAGGAUGCCCAUUUUAUCCAAGGACUCUGCACCUGGAGUCAUCAUGGCCACAGGAUCUGUGGGCAGGAACCUAGCCAGCAAACCUAAUGUGUAUGUAUCUAGCAGUGGUGGAGCCAGGUGGAGAGAGGCACUGGCAGGCCCUCAUUUCUACACAUGGGGUGACCAUGGUGGUAUCCUGAUGGCUAUUGCACAAGGAGGUGCAGCUACACAUCUUAAGUUCAGCACCAAUGAAGGUGAGACUUGGACCGACUUUAAGUUCUCAGACAGGGAGGUGUAUAUUUACCAGCUGCUGACGGAGCCGGGAGAGAAGAGCACCAUCUUCACCAUCUUUGGCUCCUAUGCUAACCAGAGACACAGUUGGCUCAUCCUUCAGGUCAACACUUCCGACGUUCUGGGUGUGCCGUGUUCAGAGGCUGACUACAAGCGCUGGUCUCCAUCAGAUGAGCAUGGUAACGAGUGUCUGUUGGGCAGAGAGAUAACAUUUAAGAGACGAGCACCUCAUGCUACAUGUUUUAAUGGAGAAGACUUCGACAGGCCCGUCACCAUCUCUAACUGCUCCUGCACACGCCAGGACUAUGAAUGUGACUAUGGCUUUAAGCUGAGUGAAGACCUGUCUCUGCAGGUGUGUGUGCCUGACCCUGAGUUCUUAGGUGACCUCUAUGCUCCUCCAGUUCCAUGUCCUGUAGGUACCACUUACCGCCGCAGCAAAGGCUACAGGAAGGUACCAGGGGACAGCUGUAGUGGAGGAGAUGUGGAGUCUAGGCUGGAUGGAGAGAUGUUGCCUUGUCCUGUUGGAGAGAGCAACGAGUUUAUCCUGUAUGCGGUGAGGAACUCCAUCCAUCGGUAUGACCUGGCCACGGGCACAGACCAGGCCCUGCCUCUGGCUGGCCUCAGGGAGGCUGUGGCUCUGGACUUUGACUAUGACAAGAACUGCCUGUAUUGGGCUGACAUCUCACUGGACACCAUACAGCGUCUGUGUCUGAAUGGCAGUACAGGUCAGGAGGUUGUAGUGAGGAAAGACCUGCAGAAUGUGGAGGCCCUGACCUUUGACCCUAUCAGUAGACUGCUCUACUGGGUUGAUGCUGGAGCACAGAAGAUUGAGGUUUCUAACCCUGAUGGAGAUUUGCGCCACACUCUGCUCAACUCUUCUAUUCUGGAACAUCCUCGUGCUCUGGUUUUGCUUUCUGGAGAGAGUCUGAUGUUCUGGACUGACUGGGGAGACCGAGCAGCUGGUGUUUACCGGAGCUACAUGGAUGGAACAAAUGUGUCCUGCAUCGUGUCAGAGGGCGUCCGCUGGCCCAACGGAAUUACAGCUGAUGACCACUGGCUGUAUUGGACUGAGGCCUACAGCGAUCGCAUUGAGAGGGCCAACUUUACUGGGGGCCAGCGCAGUGUUCUCAUGGAGGGGCUUCCCCACCCUUACGCCAUUGCUGUCUUCAAAAAUGAUCUGUACUGGGACGACUGGUCGAAAAUGGGAAUCUUCAAAGCUCCAAAAGCUGGUUCCCAGAGCAAUGAGCUGAUUGUUGGCAGACUAACUGGAGUCAUGGACCUCAAGAUCUUCUAUAAGGGAAAGAAUCGAGGCCAUAAUGCCUGUGCCGAACAGCCCUGCAGCCUUCUGUGUCUGCCCCAGCCCGGCCACCGACACACCUGUGUUUGCCCAGAUGGCACUCCAACUGUAACCAUGCCCAACGGAGAGCUGCAGUGCCAGUGUCCCGCAAGUUACCAGCUUCAAAAUAACACCUGUGUUAAGACUGAGCACAGCUGUUUGCCCAACCAGUACCUCUGCUCCAAUGGCCGCUGCAUCAGCAGUAUCUGGAAGUGUGACAGUGACAAUGACUGUGGAGACAUGAGUGAUGAACAGGAGUGUCCCACUACAACCUGUGACCCAUCCAACCAGUUUCGCUGCGUGGCCUCAGGUUCCUGCAUCCCCCUAGCCUUCAAAUGUGACCAUGAAGAUGAUUGUGGAGACAACAGUGAUGAAGAGCACUGUGAAUCUCACCAAUGUGGCCCUGGGGAGUUCACGUGUGCACGAGGUGUUUGCAUCCGCGAGGCAUGGAGAUGUGAUGGAGACAAUGACUGCAGAGACUGGUCAGAUGAGGCCAACUGCACAGUGGGCCACCAUACAUGUGAGGCCAGUAGCUUCCAGUGUCACACAGGUCACUGUAUACCACAGCGCUGGAUGUGUGAUGGUGACGAUGACUGUCAGGAUGACUCAGAUGAAGACCCUAGAUAUUGUGAGGGAACUCGGUGUAAAGGCUUCCUCUGCUCCAAUGACACCUGCCUGCCAGCCACCGUCCACUGCAAUGGCAUCCAGGAGUGUCCAGAUGGCACUGAUGAGCACAACUGUGACCCCUUGUGUACUCGCUACAUGGAGUUUGUGUGCAAGAACCGAGCCCAGUGUCUAUUUCAGUCCUUGGUUUGUGAUGGGAUCAAACACUGUGAAGAUGGAUCUGAUGAGGAUGCAGAGUAUGCUGGAUGUGCCACACCGUCUGAAUUUGGCAAAGUGUGUGACGCGUACACUUUCCAAUGUGCCAAUGGAGUGUGUGUGAGCCUGGAGUGGAAGUGUGACGGCAUGGACGACUGUGGGGAUUACUCUGAUGAAGCCAACUGUGCUGCUCCCACUGAGGUUCCAGGCUGCUCUAGGUAUUUCCAGUAUGAGUGUAAAAAUGGACGCUGUAUUCCCACGUGGUGGAAGUGUGAUGGGGAGGAUGACUGUGGUGACUGGUCUGACGAGGCCCAGUGUACAGGUGGUGCUACUCCUCACACUGUGGCCCCUGGUCCCUCUACCUGUGCACCCAACCGCUUCCACUGUGGCUCUGGAGCUUGUAUCAUCAAUACUUGGGUGUGUGAUGGCUACACUGACUGUCCUGAUGGCAGCGAUGAGCUUGGAUGUCCCACAGCAGUCAACCGCUCUGUUACCAUGGCUCCAGUACCCACCCAGGCCCCUCCUCUCCCACCCUCCCCUGGUCGCUGCAGUCGGGGUCAGUUCCUGUGUCGCCAGCCCCCCCACUGCAUCCCUGACUGGCAGCGCUGCGAUGGACAGCUCCACUGCCAGGACAGCUCAGAUGAAGUUCACUGCCCCACCCAUGGGCCUCUGUUCUGUAUGAAUGGGACUCGCUGUAUUGAUGGUGAAGCCUGUGUGCUGGACAGUGAGAGGUGUGACGGCUUUCUGGACUGCUCCGACCACAGUGACGAAGACAACUGCACAUUGGAUACCUUGGCCUAUAAAGUCCAGAACCUCCAGUGGACACCAGAUGUUUCAGGUGCCAUUACUCUGACCUGGUCUCGUCCCAAGAAUCUUCCCCUGGACUCCUGCUACUUCCUCAUCUAUUACAGGCUCGUGGGCACGCAGCAGUGGAACAUCAUGGACACUCACAGCAACAAGACCAGCUACAAACUGAAAGUUCUGAAACCAGACACCACCUAUCAUGUAAAGGUGCUCACUCAGUGUCUCAGUAAGCUGCACAAGACCAACGAAGUGAUCACAGUCAGGACCCCAGAAGGUGUGCCUGACCCUCCCAGGAACCUGCAGCUGUCUUGUGAUAACGGUGAGGAUGGGACAGUGGAGGUCUCCUGGAGCCCACCUGACAAAGGACAUGGCCUCAUCAGGGAAUACAUUAUUGAAUACAGUGAGCAUGGAAGUCUUGAUUGGACAUCACAGAGAUGCACCACAACCAGUACUGAGGUGAAGCAGCUGCAGCCAGACACUCUGUACAAGUUCAGGGUGGCUGCAGUGACCAGUCGAGGUGUGGGGAACUGGACAGAGGUUAAAUCCAUCACUCCAGAGAAAGCUCUGCCUCCUCCCUCUGUGAUUGCGGACAGCAUCACCACUGACUCCAUGAGUCUUUCAUUCAGCUUAAACUCCCAGUACACUGUGAAACAGUACAUUGUGAUUCUUUCCUGGCAGUUUGACAAACAUGUCAAGGAGAGCAAAAACUACACAGUCAGAGAGGGGAUUCUUAAAGACCGCAAUGUGUUCUGUCUGUGUCCAGCUACAAACCUGACAGCAGGAACAGUGUAUGAGGUGGCUGUAUGGGCUCACACCAAUAUAGGAGACAGUCCAACUGCCCUGUCCCAUCAUCAGACUGCCAGCACCCAGCCAGAGAGACCCCUCCUCAAAGCCAGAGCUCUGAACCAGACAGCUGUGGACUGCAGCUGGACCACCAGUGGACCUCCUGCACAGAUGUAUGGUGUGUUUUAUGCCACCUCCUUCCUGGAUCUAUAUCGGAGUCCUCGAGUGGUCCACACCUCUUCUCUCAGCCUCACAGUAACAGUGGACAGUGAUGAACAGUAUCUCUUCCUGGUGCGUGUAGUUUCUCCCUUCAUGGGUCCUCCCUCUGACUAUGCUGUGGUGAAAAUGAUUCCCAAUGAGAGGCUGCCACCGAGGAACCUCCAUCGUGUGCAAGUGGAGAAAACGCAGGCCACACUGAAAUGGCAGCCACCUUACGACGCCCCAAACACACCUUUGACAUAUGCGAUCCAUGUGCGGGAUGUCAUUCGUAAAAGUGAGCGGGAUUACAAGCUGACCACGCAGAACAAUACUGUGGAGUACCUGCUGAAAGGCCUGGAGCCCGGAGGACGAUACAGCAUCUCUGUCCGCCUGCGCAACAUGAGCAAGGAGGCCAGCUUCACUCUAAGCACAGUUCCUCUUCCAGCUCCUGAGGCCCUAAAGAUUUUGACAGAGAAAGACCAUGUAUUCCUCUUUUGGAAGAGUCUGGCUGUCAGAGAGAAGGGCUUCAAUGAGAGCAGGGGGUAUGAAGUGCAUGUACAUGACAGUGUGACCAACCAGACGUCCUACCUGGGAAACACCACAGAGACCUAUUUCCGCAUCAGCAGUCUGCUGUUGGGACACAACUACACUUUCUCUGUGCAGGCCCGCUGCCUGCUCAGCGGUCAGCUUUGUGGGGAACCUGCUCUACUACUCUAUAACCAGCUGACAGCAGGAGCAAGUGAUGCCUCUCACAGUGAGGGCCACUCAGGGGACAUGGCAGCAGUGGUAGUUCCUAUUCUCUUCCUGCUGCUACUCGGAGUGUGUGGCAGCUUGGUGGCACUCUACCUACGACACCGCCGACUGCAGAACAAUUUUACAGCCUUUGCCAACUCCCACUAUAACUCUCGCUUGGGCUCUGCCAUCUUCUCCUCUGGGGAUGAACUGGGUGAUGAUGAUGAAGAUGCUCCCAUGAUCAGUGGCUUCUCAGACGAUGUUCCCAUGGUUAUUGCAUAGCAAGACAUACCUCCAUUACCUGUUUUUCUCUCUCUCCUCCCCCUCCCCUUCUCUCUUCUUCUGUCACCCCCCCAUCACUCCCACAGUGUGCAGUUGUUCAGUCACAAAUCUGUUGAUGGGAACCCACCCCCCACCCCCACCUUUCCAAAAUAUAAUUAACAGGAAACAUGAAGAAAAAUGGAAAAGUGUAAAGAGAGAGAUAUUUUUCAAAUAUACAAUGCACUUUUUUGGAUGCGCAAUAACUUAUUUUUUAUAAUACUACACAUAUAUAUGUGUGUGUGUGUGUGUGUGUGUGUGUGUCUGUGUCUGUGUGUACACACACACAUACACACACACACACACACACACACACACACACAUAUAUAUGGGGUCGAAAAAGGACUUGGAGGGAGAAACAAUCUGUGAAGAAUUUGAGUUUGUGGAGUGUGUCAGGGAAAGAGAGACCCUAUUUGCAAUGCAAACUCAUUAUCCAUAGGAGCAGUUCAUUGCUUAAAGCCAAAAUAAGCAUCCAGAGACUGGAAUAUGGAAUGCAAAAAAUUACAUACAUACACACUGAAAAAAAGACAAAUAACUAAAUAAAUAUUUAGAUACAUGCUGUAUACAAAAUGUACAAAUAGAAAAUCUAUCCGAGCAGUAACUGUUACAUAUUUUGGUGAUAGUACAACAUGUACUAUAGCAGUAUAUGUAACAUUGGUGCCCAGUGUGAGAGAGUUUGAUGAGUUAACUGUGGAUUGUAUUUCAUCAUUAAGAGAAUCUGAAUUGUUGUGUCUUUGAUCACCAGUUUGGGCACUGUUGAUCCUUGUAAAUGUUUUUCAAAAAUUUGACAGACAGUUCAACCAAACAGAUCACUGAUUGGAUUGACCAUUGGCACAAUGUAGUGUCCUCAUAGAUACACUUUUAUUUUCCACCACCAGCACACUGUUGUAUGUCUAUAUGUAGAGGCAACACAUCCCAUGAUAUGAGAAUAUUCCUGGCUUUGAGGGGGAAAGAAUCCCUAACACAAUUGCCAAGAUCAUGACUAUUUGUAAAUAUUUAAUAUUUUAAUAUGUUCUCUCCUUAUAAUGCUGUACCAUAUCAUUCUGUAAAAUGUGUAUUUUAUUUUAAUCAUUCAGGACCACAAAUUAUCGUCCCCAGCAUUUACCAUAGCUGUAGUCAUAGAGGAAGUGUGUUUGGGGUUCUCAGGGAACUGUGUCGAAGCGGACACCAGCGCAGCACCACCAUUAGCACCACCAUGACUUAGGCAGUACUGUCCAUCUACUGUUGAAUAGGUAUGGAAACCUUUGAAGAUUAAAUGAAUCAGCUGUGGGUGGAAUGACUGGCAGACACGGGUCAUUGUCUGUAGAUGUGAUGAAUAGUCAGGUUCAGGUAAACUGGUUUAGAAAAAGACUUAAAGUGUUAAUUCAUGCAAAAAUAUAUACUUUUCACAUACCUCUAGUAGUAUUUAGUCACAGAUUAUUUUAGUUUUAUUUGCCCAGAUUUUUAGAGAUCUGUCACUGAGAUUUCAAGAGCUACAUCUCCUUCUAGAGACUAUUUCAUGGAUAAUCCAGACCUAGUCCCUAUGGAAUCUUUUGUGACUGGUCACACUGAAAAAUAGUACAGCAAAAUUAAUUUCCUUGUCCUUGUAAUAUAGGUGUUAAUGGAAGCUUGAUCACAUAGUGACUACUUGCAAGGCUAUGGUGCAGCCACAACAUUUAAACCACCUGCUUAAUAUUGUGCAGGUCCCCCUCAUACAGCUCUAAUCCACCAGGCAUGGACACGGGACUUCUGGGGGUGUCCUGUGGUUUCUGGCUGUGGAUUGUUUGGGUCAUGUGGAUUAUGAGGUGGGGCCCUCAUGGAUUUGGGUUGUUCCAAUGCAUUCCUCAUGUGCUGGAUCAGGUUGGGAUUAUUUCUGCUCAUCUCUACCAUAAUGAAAUGGAGGCAGGAAUCUCAGAGACAGAUAUUUCAAAAUCUGAAAAAUAACAAUAAAACAAAUUCUAGAUACUUGUAAUGAUGUAUGAGAAAAAAUGUACUUUUUGUUAUUUGGUCCCUUAAAGGGCAGUGAGACCAAUCUUUGGUCAGUUGAUUGGAAAGAGAUAAGAACCUAGGACAUUAUCUUUCUGUCUCAGUUUGUACAGAAUCUCACUGUUCUAUGUCCAUAAAUGUAUAACGCAGAAACCAUUUUGGGGAAUUAUCAUCUAUGUUCUGAUCCCACCUACUCACCUGCACUAUGGUCCUUUAACUGAUAUUUGUGUUUUGCCUCUCGGCUUGAGCUUGAUUUGAACUGAUGGUGUUCUGCUCUUAACAACCUUGUUAUUGUUUUGUUUGUCAAGAUGUCUACAUGAAUGUAUUUUGUAUCUAUACUUUUUAAGGUAUUAUCCCAGCUCAUUAUGCUACUAUCACCACCUGUGAAGUUAGUGCACACUCUCUGAUUUUGCCCUACAGUGAAUUAUUAAAGCACCCAUUCUAGUGUGGACAGCACAGGCUUUAUGAUGUUACUCUGUAGACUGUUGUCUGCAAACAAAAUUUCAGCUGUUUCAACCUUCAAAGCCCAAAUUAUUAACUCAGAGCAACAAAGCUUUUGUCAGGUAAAGGCCAGAUAAUUCCUGCAUCAUAGUUACUUCAUCAUCUCAUUACAUUAUAUCAUUACACAGUGUCUGUACUUACAUUUAAGGUUUUCUGAAGACUUGAGCUUGUUUUCAUACCGCUCUUAACCCCGUUCAUGACGCACUUUAUUCUGUUUCUUAGCCUUAAAAACUGAUUUCUCUGGCAUUGAUGCUGUUUUUUGCUCUGUGGAGUUUCUAAUUUUGUGUUUUGCCACAUAAUGCCUUAUUAGACCACAUUUGGUUUCUAUGUCAUGUACUGUUUGUGUAAUAGCAAUUGCACAUGUGCACACACACACACGCACACACACUCUACUAAUACAUAAGGCUAAGCAAGCUGAGGAGGUUCCUCUUAGGGCAUUUGGUUAACUUUGUCAGAUCACUGCUCCUUUUUGUGUUGACUGCUGUAAACUGGCCACUUAGUCUGUUUUUAGUCAGGUUUUACUCAUGUACAAUGUGUAAUUAUUGGUUAUUAUGUGACCGUUUUCUUCCCACUUGUCUUAAUGUCAACUCUUGCUUCAAAAUGUUGUUUGGCACAGAGUUUAAUCAUGUUGGAUGUUUGAAUCAUGUUUGAAGAUGUUAAUGUCUUGCUUGCUUAUCUUGGAGGUUGCAAGAAAAAUGAAAUGUUUGGAGAAACAGUGUGUGGUGUUUUAAAAAAAAAACAAACACUUAUACUGAAAUAAAGUUGCUGAAAAUUAAA